AUGCAAAUCGAGUACAAAAGGUACACUAAAUUGUUUUCCGGAUGCGGCGUUGCAUCGCUGCUGGGAGUGUUGAGCUAUGAAGCAUAUCGGACGUACGCAGCCUUUUCCUCGCUGAUCGACACACGUGUUCUCGACAUCGACCGGAAGCGCCCGGAUUACAUCUACAUUAAGCACCACAUUUACCAGCAGUCCUUGCGCGAGCGCGCGCUUGACGCAGAAAAUCAGCACCGAUUGUUGAACAUCAUCGUGCAGCCAUUCGAAAAGUGGUGGAAAGCGCUCAAACAUUCCGUCGCCUGGCGGUUGCUGAGAAUCGCUCAGCAGGGAGACCAGGCCGACCGGUUGAAAGCGAUCCGCCAGCUCGCACAGAUCGAUCAUUUGAAAGAUUGGGACUUCCAGCAUUUGGCUCAGCUAUGCGACCACCGGACGGCAAUCUCGCUAGCUCGUUCCAACUGCGACACCCGUUGGUUCCUGCCACCCCGUCAGUAUGGUGUAGAGAAGCAAAUGCGCGAAGUACUGGUGGAAAUGAAAUCACUCCUAGAACUGCUGUCCCCACACAAAUGCGCCGAGUACGCACUCGAGCAAACGUUCGGCAGUUCCGGUCACAUCCGGGAACCGGAUGGUGAUGAGGUUACGUACCAGAUUAAUCCAUCCCGCUUCGAGUAUGACCAACUGAAGCAAGCUCUCAGCGCUCUUGUGCACCUCACCGGGCUGGUUGGAGCCGAAGGCAAACAACACUGUCGGCGAAUUGUUGACUCGGGCGGAUUGUUGGCCCUGCUUGAAGCGGAGAAGCUGUUCCACGAUGAUAUCGAUAUGAAGCUGCUCAUCAGCCGCUUGGUUGCGAAUCUGUCCUCUUGCGAAGGGCUUAGCUACGAGUUCUAUGCAAGUGGUUGGGUUGGCAUCCUGGCACGAUGGAGGCGAGACGUUGACAUGCGCAUGCAGGUUACGGCGGAUCUCACACUUGAAAACCUCGACCAGGACGAUCCUAACGGUUUCCGAUAUGCAUCAAAGAUCUAUCCCCUGCACCCACGUGGCCGACAGCACGCAAAACCUGCCGUCGAUGUUGUAUUCGUCCACGGACUCUUAGGUGGAGUAUUCGUCACGUGGCGUCAGAAGGAUCUUAAACCCCAAGCUGCCAGUCUGCUAGGUAAGAAACAUAAAGCCGUUCAUUUGGUGUCCACUUCGCCUUCCUCCUCCUCUGACAUUGCACUGCAACAACAACUCACCGGUUCACCAACGCCAUCGCCAUCGACGAAUACGAACGCGGACCAGGGACGAAACGGUACCGCUGGUUCGUCCAGAUGGUACCACAGCUGGUCCGCAAAAAAGUCCUCCUUCGAGGAGGAGGACUCUGAGAAAGCCGAAGCGGGUAUUGCACCGUACAAAGAUGAACUGCUCACGUUCCAGGAAUCGACCACAGCAGCCCCCCGGGAUUCGUCGAUAAGUGAUACGAAAACCAAAGAGCUGAUAGAAGCACUGCAAGAAGAAGAAACGUUGGGUUCUGAUUGGACCGUCGUCUAUCCGGAUGUGCCGCUGGCGGCCGAUGAAGACACACGAUCGGGAAAGCAGACCGCCACAGCCGAUGGCGCUAUCAGCGUAUCCGGGGACAGUUGGUUAGAGGAACCGCUCGAUUCCGGCCCGCGAUCAUUCUGCUGGCCGAUGGAGUGGCUACCGAAGGACUUCCCAAGCAUUCGCGUACUCGGAUUGGACUACGAAUCGUCCCUUUCGCAAUGGUCCGCAACUGGAUGUCCGUGCGAGAAGUACGAUGGAAAGCUACAAAAGCGAGCUGCCGAGUUUCUGGAAAAACUAGCCAUGUCCGAUGUGGGCCAGGAUCGUCCUAUCAUCUGGGUAGGUCACUCGAUGGGAGGCCUACUGAUCAAGAGCAUCAUGGUACAGGCACUCGAAAGCCCGAACCCGAAAGUGCGCCGGUUGGCGGAGAAUUCCCGCGUCGUCAUGUUCCUCGGUACGCCCCACCGGGGCAGUGGAGUGGCCAAACUAAAGCAGCACACGUCCGCCCUUGUCUGGCCUUCGGUGGAGGUCCAGGAGCUAGAAGAAAAUUCCUCCCAGCUGUUGCAUCUUAACAAAACGUUCCUCCGGACGCUAGAUGUGUUGGGUCCGCGCAAACCGAAAGUCAUCACCCUGUGCGAAGGCAAAGCCACAGUCCUGACUUCGUUCAAGUUGGCCAUCCAUGUCGUCCCAGAAAGCUCGGCUCGAAUCGAUGCAGGCGACUUCUAUCUGACUAGCGAGGACCAUCUGAAUCUCAGCAAACCCAUGUGCCGACAGUCGUUCCUUUACCAACGGCUCGUGGGCGCCAUUAACGACGCAAUUCACAAUGGAGGAGCACCAGUGGAAACAGUGCCCAACACCAAGGCAGCCACAACCUCAGCACACCAGCACAUUUACCAUGGUACAAAGAAGAGCAGCUCCUCAUCGUCGUCUGCCUUCUCUGGUUUUUACACGCAGCUCAAGCAGUUUGAACAGCUGAUGCAUAUUUUGAUCUAACUUCACUCUCAAACAGGGAGAGAGAAUGGAUAAGAUACUGCAAAGGAUAAAGUAACCACACUCAAAUGAUUGACAAUGGCAUUGCAUUUUUUCGAUGUAAUGAAGUGAUCUUGUUCUAAGUAAUUUAAUGGCUCGCUUACAGGGCAACAAGAAGGCUUGUUAGAGUUAAACUAUUUAUUUUUUUAAACACACUUUACGGAAUUGUUAUGAAGCUUUACGAAUGGAUUUACACCGUGCAAGUAUUUAGUAAUAAAAUGAUCGGAAAAUAUCAAUG